UAUUAGGAAAGAAGUGAAAAGAAUAAAAAUGCAAGAAAGCAAAGGAUAAUGAAUCAAACCACGGGAAGGACAUCUUUUUCUCAAGUGCAACAAACAUUGGAAAAAGAAAAGGGGCAUCCUCCAACACGAGUUGAAUUAUUUCAUGCAUGUUUUACGCAUGCUAAUGGAACUCCCUCAAGUAAUAUUGUAAAAGAAAGAUUGGCUGCAAUGAAAGAACUAGAAAAUCAACUUCCUGAAGAUUACAAUAAUCAAGUGAGCCCGAAUGAUAUAUUUGCUCAAAUCAUGGGACCAGACAGACUUGGUCGAGUACAUAUGCUUGGUGAUGGAAUUAGCCCAUCUGAUUUAUGGGGAGUAGUUCCUAGUCGUGGCACAUGCAAUCGAUUAGUUAUGGAACAGAAUGCAAAGUUAGAAUAGAUGAAUGAACAAAUCAAAAAGCAAGGUCAACAUAUUACAAUGUUAGAAACAAAGAUUUCUGAACAAUCAAGCACAAAUCCUCUUUCAAAUUGUAAUAAUAGUCGACACACUUCAUCAAGUAGCAAUC